AUGAACCAGUUUUCCGAGGGUCCAGGCGGCCAAUACCCUGGAGGAAACCCGCAAUACCCCGCCGCCAAUACCCUGUUUGUCAAUGGAAACCCGCCAUUUCCCCUGUCCAAUCCGCCAUACCAGAAUCCCUUUUCCCAAGGCCCGACAGAUAUGGGCGCUCAAGCAACACCACAAUCGUAUACACAAACACAUACGCAGACGCACCACCUGUUGCAGAACCAAGCACAGGCCCAAACACACACAGCGCCGCCGGCGCUCUUCCCGCCGCGUCACGUGUCGAACUUGACCAAAACCUUGAUUGGAUCUAAGCGCCAGGAGGCUCCGUCAGGACCAGAGGAGCUUGUGGGCCAGCCUCCAGCGUACCAGCCACUGCUGCUGCCUGCAGCCCAUGUCUUUGGCAGCCACCUGUUCACCCCUGGCGGCAACUACAUCCCGCUCGGCCGCAACACCCCAACGGCCGUGUCUUCCUCGUACACAUCCAACUACUCGUGCACGCCAUCGUACCACCUGGCACACGGUCCAGGCUUCCUACCCGGCGCCCCAACAGCAACAUUGUCUGUUUCUGUGCACACGCCGCCACUGCUGUACACGCGGCAUAGUUUCAGCGAUAGAGCAGACGCCCGCGAGAGAACUGAAAGGUUCCCAGAACGAUUUCCCGAAAGGCUCCCCGACCCAGGAAGAGAGAGAGACUCCAUGUCUGAUAGAAUAACUGGCCAGCCUGCUCCUCAUCCUUUAGUUCAGUCUGCUCCAAUCCAACCCGCUCCCAUACAGCCUCCUACAGAUGCUCCGGGCGUCUCUGCAGACCAUUACAUGACGUAUCGCGAGUACCUUGCGUCGCUCCCCAAUGGGGAAGCAUACGAACAACAUUUAAAUAUUGUGGACUUUCCUGUGAACGAUCUCAUCACCAUGCUUGCAUGUCUCUUAUCUAAGAUCAUCGAGGCAAACGACAAACUCCAUCCUAAUCACUUCGAAAACACCAUCGCCGUUAGGCAGAAAUUGAAGGAGCGUAAGCGCCUCAAACGAGAGCGUGAGCGCCGCGUAUCUUUCACUGACGGCGUCUCUUCGGGCGGAGUAUCUACAACGAUCGAACAUGUGGACGAAGACCUUUCGGACGAUGAUUCGCCAGGAGAGGAAGAAGACGAGUUAAAGAACCGGUACUUGGCGAAUGUACUUGCGUUCCACGGCACAAACGUGCCCGGAAUCACGCUCCAUGCAUAUCUUACACGUGUGCUCAAGUACUGCCCAGUAACGAACGAAGUCUUUCUUUCUCUUUUGGUGUACUUCGAUCGGAUAGCCAAGCGUGUGAACAAUUUGAAGGCCGAGAAGAAGGAAGGCGAUACUGAGCAGUUAUUUGUAAUGGACUCAUAUAAUAUCCACAGGCUCAUCAUUCUGGGAAUCACUGUCAGUUCCAAAUUUUUCAGCGACAUUUUCUACAAAAACCUUCGUUACGCAAAGGUUGGCGGACUUCCUCUAGAAGAGCUCAACUACUUGGAAUUGCAAUUUUUGUUAUUGUUGGACUUCAAGCUCAUGAUUUCCGUCGAAGACCUUCAAAACUAUGGGGAUCUCUUGCUCAAGUUCUGGAAACGAGAGCAGCUCACGAGCGAGCUUGUUGGAUCAAAAGAUGAAAAAGACGUUAACUAA